AUGGUGAACCUCUUUCAGGAUAUUACGUUGUGGUUGCACUCUCCCCGCCCAUUAUGGGCCCGCAUACCGACCUCGGAUGAUGAGAGCGAGGCAGAGAGCGGAAAAGCCCGAACACACAACGUCCUCAAGCGCCAAUCGAUCUGGGAGUAUGUGCUCUACCGCUGGCCUUGGAUUCUAUCUACCUUGUUCUUCGCAUGUCUCGCUGGGGUCUUAUACACUGCGUCUCUAUCGGGCAAUCGACGAGCCUGUGCACUAAAUUGCAGAUGGCGAAAGACAGACUUGGCACCGGCAUCGGAGCAUUUGAAGGAGCAGGAAAUGAGAUUCAGUGGAGCCCUCGCAUACGAUGAAAGUGGGAAGUUGGUAAUUGAGUCUACUCCGGGAGAAAAGAAAUGGGUUGGGAAUCCUACGCCCGAGAUGGACGCUCUCUGGGACCGAGUGGAAUCAGGAUCGAUUGUCCUUCUCGAGGGGUCAGAAUCCGAUACAGUGAGGGAUAAAACCCUGCUGUUCGACGGUUACUGGCUUACGGGCCUUGAUGUGAUUCAUCAAAUGCAUUGCCUGAACAAGAUCCGGAAAGCCUUAUACCCCGAAUACUAUCAACCCGAGCAGUCAGCAUCUACCGAAAUGCUGCAUGUUGAACACUGUCUCGACUACAUUCGGCAAGCCGUCAUGUGCAACUCCGACAUAACCCCAGUCCCACUCACCUGGUACCAAAGCGCUCAUACAUUUGGUCCCGAUUUUCGCACGACGCAUACGUGUCGUGACUUUGAGGCAUUACUGCAAUGGUCUUUGAAGAGGACUUCAAAAGCAUUGAAGGGGAAAGGUACUGGGGUGGAACAUGCCAAGGACCCUUCACUGAAGAUGCCGGGGAGUCUACAGGGGUCAGAUGGGUUGAGUCAUGGGGACCAUCAUGGACAUUGA